GAACCUACAGUGACCAGUGGCCAGAAUUUUUUAAAUUUUCGGAAAUAAAUAUCGUUAUACUUAAAAAAAAAAUGCGUGUUAUCUCUUCUAUGAUGAUUCCGUUGUGCAUUUCCACAAUCUUAUUUGCAUCGACAUUGGCAGCGCCUCAGUUUACAGCGCAAAGGCAAUUUAUUAACGAAGCACCAACUCCAUAUGAGUACCAAUACAAAGUGGACAACCCCCCGACUAACACAUUUUUCGGCAAGAACGAAGCUGGGGAUGCCGCUGGAAGGGUCUCGGGGUCCUACUACGUCUAUCUCCCGGACGGCAGGCUCAUGACCGUCGACUACGUGGUGAACGGAGAUUCUGGAUUCGUUCCCAAGAUAGUUCUAUCGAAUCAAGCGACCCCUUACCGCGGGGUCUUCCAGGGCUAGUCUCGCGCGGUGUCCUGCCAAGAAAUACAACGCUUCGCUUUCCAAAAAGACCGCAUUCUAAGUAACGCACAUAAAAGUGUAGCCAAAAAUUUAUUUUUUUUAUAAUGAAAGUAUGAAUCGCAAUAAACAAUUUUCUUGUGUCUA